GCUAACCAGCAAACAUCGCGCAUGCGUGGACGAGUGCGUGGGGACUGGACGCAGACAGUCAGCAAGCUAACCUAACCAGCAAAGAUCGUCAUUUGAACAUUUAAGUGUGACUUCAAAGACAAAAUGGCCUCCCCAACCCCCUUGUCCUCCCUGCGCCUCCUUGUCCCUCCUCUGCGUCUCCUGACGGCUGCCAUGUGGCAAGUUGCACAGCAGCAAAGCGUCAAGCAUUAUGGCAUCCUGGGAGAUUUUGUGUCCCUGGUGACGGAGGCCAUUCCUGAACUGCUCACAGACAAACAGAAGCGCUUGCUGCUUCUUGCGCUGAGGGUCAAGCUCAGCGAUUCACUGACUGACGAAGGUGAUUCUGCUCUAUUGACUCUUGCUGACAAAGUGAGUCCAGUGGAGAGACGGCGCCUCUCAAAGGAUGUGUUCAACCAGACUUUUGACAGGGCUCUCCAGGCCCUCCUCUCUGACUUCCUGUGCAGGCUUGAACAGCUUUUUCCAGUCCCUGACUUCAAACAGGCUGUGUCAUGGCUCAAUGCUGCAACCGCUGGUUUUGACGACUGUCUUGGUGUGCCUGACAGAGAGGACCUGAAAAUACUACUUAGCAACCAGCGCUAUCAGCUGGGACAAGUCACCUCUACAGUUGAUUGUGACACAGAGAAGAUCCUUCUCUCUGCCUGGUCCCACCCCCUCAUCACGAAGCUGUCCAAUUAUGAGCCACCUCACCUCAAUACACAAGCCCAUUCAGAUGUCCACAUUGACAUGGGGAGUCCAGCCCAGCUGGAUGUAGCGGUGGUGGUGAUGAUGGAAAAUGAAAAGGAGAAGAUUGUGUCUUCACCAGCUGAACCAAAGUCCAAUAGCGCUUCAUGUAAAGAUUCAUUCACAGCUGUCAACCUGAAGGCACAGAGCAGAUUAAAGGACAUGCCUGGUAACUCCAAUGACCCAUCAAGACACAUGUCAGAUCAGCCACACAGUGACAUCAUGGCCGACGCUCUUCACAACAUUUCACAUCAUUCUCAGCGAGUGGCUCACAAAUGUCCCCAGUGUGGGAAAUGUUUCAUUUACCGCUCUCAGGUUUUGCGUCACCUGCGAACCAGCAAGUCCUGUGGCCACACCUUAACCACAACUGCAGAAGCUCAUCAGCACAAUAUACCUGCUGCUGAUGAGGAGCCACGCCUUGAAACGUGCCAGCCCACUGGAAAGCACCCUUGCUUUCAGUGCAAGGAUGUGUUCAUGACCAAGGCUGAAUUGCUGCUACACCAGCGCAGCCACAGAGCCCGACCCAUCUUUCGAUGUGGCCAAUGUGACAAGGAGUUCCUUCACCUGUCCAGUUUGACCAAUCACAAGCCGACACACCAGGAAAAUGGCGGGAUCACCUGCAGCCAGUGCGGCAAAGUGUUUGUGUCGGCUAAGGAGAGAGACGCACACAGCCUGCAGCACCGUCUGCCUGACCUCACCUGUAAUCUCUGCUCGCAGAUGUUUAGCUCACAGUCGCAAUUGCUGCGACAUCUGCAGACACACACUGUGGAGGGUGCUGAGCCGUGCUUUCCCUGUCGCUUCUGCGACCAGACAUUUUCAGGCGUGACUCUGCUCCGUAUCCACCAGCGCUCCCACAGGACCCGUUCGUACCAGUGUGACCAGUGCGACAAGACGUACGGCUCGCUCACCGGCCUCCAGUCCCACCGGACAAGUCACAACAAAGACAGUCGCUUCCUGUGCCCUCAAUGCGGCAAAUGCUUCAAGACACGCGAUGGGCUGGAGGGCCACCUGAGGACGCACAGUGGCGAGCGACCAUAUCGCUGCCCCUACUGUCCCAAAGACUUCACUGCGCUGGCUGGCCUCAACGUUCAUGUGCGGCGGCACACUGGAGAGCGCCCGUAUGUGUGCACAGUUUGUGGCAAGGGCUGGCCGUCCGGCGGCGACCUGCAAAAACACAUGCGUAUUCACACGGGUGAACGUCCUUUCUCCUGCCAGGAGUGUGGGAAGUCCUUCUCCAACUCUUGUCAUCUGAGUGAACAUCGGCGCAUCCACACCGGUGAGAAGCCUUUUUCCUGUCCCGAAUGUGGAAAAUGUUUACGGAGGAAGUUCGACCUGAAGAAACACAUGUUGUGCCACAGCAACAAACGUCCAUAUGCCUGCGCUUCCUGUCCCAAAAGCUACACUCGCAAGACUCACCUUAACAGACACCUGUUGACACACAGGCAAGAUGGCGGUGAACCGGAGGCAGCGGAUUAAGUUUGACACCUUUUUAUACUUUUGAACAAUGUGUAGCUUUUAGUGGACCCCUCUUGAUUACUCUAUCUUUUUGGACAAAAACUGCCAUUUGAGGUAAGUCACUGGGAUUAACGUCUGCCAGUGUUAACAUUGGCAUUUCCAAAGGACAUUUAUACAGUCAGGUUUUAACUGACAAGUUGUGUUGACAAUGUUGCCAUGGAGAUUGUAUUUGUCUACUGCUGUCAUUUGUGAAUCAAACAAACUUUAUUAAUGUACAUUUCCAUAA